AUGAGGCUCCCAGUCCUUGGCCUUCGAGCCCUGCGCCGACCUGCCUCUGCCUGCUCCUCGCCUCCCCCAUUUUCCUCGAGGACUUGUUCUGCCGGCCAGCCGCGUACAGGUGCUACCCUGGUCGACUCGCCCACGGCCACCCACGACCUCGCCCCCCCGCCCGAAGCCAAGCCAAGUCCCCAUCGCGAGGCAGAGGCCGACAACAUCUUCCGAGAUGCAGUGGCCGCCAGAGCGCCGCGGCAGGACUGGACACGCGAGGAAAUAUCUGCCAUCUACUAUCAGCCGCUUCUCGAACUGGCUCACUGUGCCAGCACCGUCCAUCGGCGAUUCCACAAGCCCGGCGAGGUUCAGCUCUGCACCCUCAUGAACAUCAAGGUAGGCGGCUGCACCGAAGACUGCUCCUACUGCGCCCAGUCCACGCGCUAUCAAAAGGGCACUGGGCUCGAGGCCAAGCGCGUCGAGAGCGUCGAGUCGGUCCUGGCCGCGGCAAGGCGUGCGCGCGACAAUGGCAGCACCCGCUUCUGCAUGGGCGCGGCCUGGCGAGACAUGCGAGGGCGCAAGAACAGCCUCUCCAACAUUACCGAAAUGGUCCGCGGCGUGCGCGCCAUGGGCAUGGAGGUGUGUGUGACGCUAGGCAUGGUGGAUGAAGAUCAAGCGAGGCAACUCAAGGAAGCCGGCCUGAGCGCGUACAAUCACAACCUGGACACAAGCCGAGAGUUCUACCCCUCUGUCAUCACCACGCGCUCCUACGACGACCGCCUGCGGACCCUGGGCCGAGUCCGAGACGCCGGCAUUAGCGUCUGCUCCGGCGGCAUCCUCGGCCUCGGCGAGUCGUCGAGCGACCGCAUCGGUCUACUUCACACAGUCGCCACCCUACCUGCUCACCCGGAGAGCUUCCCGGUCAACGCCCUCGUUCCUAUCAAGGGCACUCCGCUGGGGGACACGCCCCCUCUCGCCUUCACCAGCAUGCUGCGCACCGUUGCGACGGCCAGGAUCCUCAUGCCCGCCACCAUCAUAAGGAUUGCAGCUGGUCGCAAGAGUAUGGAAGAGGAGAAGCAGGCCCUGUGCUUCAUGGCCGGCGCAAACGCCAUAUUUACUGGCGACAAGAUGCUCACCACCGACUGCAACGGCUGGGACGAGGACAGCGCCAUGUUUGGCCGCUGGGGGCUGACUCCAAUGAAGAGCUUCGGCAAGACGCCGCCUGGCGAGACUGAUGCUGCUGGACAGUAG